AUUCGGUUCCUUUUUGUUGAGGGGGCUGACGGACCGUACCAUUCCACCACAACGUUGCACAACCCGUUUCGGAAAUAUUUCCACCCAACAAAAAAAACGGAAUUCAAAACUAUUUUUGGCGCACCGACUUCAAUAUAUAUGGUCUUUUAACAAAAAAAGGGGUCAUGGUAUUGUAUGCGGCGUUAUGUCGGUUAGGAGACGCAAAUGAUCGACCUAUCUACCGCCGGCCACCCCUCGGCGCAGGCUGUUGCCAUGUUCCCGCUUUCAUGGGUGUGGUGAUUAGCUUACUUGGUGAAAAUCUAUAGUCUAAUCCGAGCCGAGCCGCGUUCGCCUUUUGCUCCCUUCAGCCGAGGAAGUAAAGUCUUUAAAAUUUAACACGCCUCGCCUUUGCGAUUUCUCUCGCAGCCGGGACCAUGGUUGUCGUGUGAAAACGGAUCGGUGUGACUUGGAUCGGAAGGACAGACACAGACCCCCCCCCCCCACCACCACCACCCCACCCACCCCCCCAAAAAAACCCUCCUUCAGGUGUCAGCUCGGAAAGUGCGUGUGUGUGUGUGUGGGGGUGUGUGUGUUUGUGUGUGUGAGUGUGAGUGAGACGGCGCGUGUGAUUUCCCAGCCCCGUCUGCAUUUGGAGCGGAGUGUGGCCUGAACAAAUCACAGAAGGACAAUGAGCGAGCUGGAACAGUUGCGGCAGGAGGCCGAGCAACUACGAAAUCAAAUCCGGGAUGCCAGGAAAGCCUGUAGUGACUCCACUCUGUCCCAGAUCACAGCUGGUCUGGACUCAGUGGGCCGGAUACAGAUGCGAACCCGGCGCACUCUCAGGGGCCACCUGGCCAAGAUCUAUGCAAUGCACUGGGGGAGUGACUCCAGUGACGGCAGUCCCAGGUUACUUGUUAGUGCCUCGCAAGAUGGAAAGCUAAUCAUCUGGGACAGCUACACGACAAACAAGAUGCAUGCCAUCCCGCUGCGUUCUUCCUGGGUGAUGACGUGCGCAUACGCCCCCUCUGGGAACUAUGUGGCCUGCGGAGGCCUGGACAACAUCUGCUCCAUUUACAGCCUGAAGACCCGAGAGGGCAACGUGCGCGUCACCCGAGAGCUACCCGGACACACAGGUUACUUGUCCUGCUGUCGUUUCUUGGACGACAACCAGAUACUGACCAGCUCCGGAGACACCACCUGUGCAUUGUGGGACAUAGAAACAGGCCAGCAGGCCACCAGCUUUACCGGCCACACGGGGGAUGUGAUGAGUUUGUCUCUCAGCCCGGACUUCAAGACCUUUGUGUCCGGAGCUUGUGACGCCACUUCCAAGCUGUGGGACAUUCGGGAUGGCAUGUGCAGGCAAUCCUUCACGGGCCACGUGUCCGACAUCAACGCCGUCACCUUCUUCCCCAACGGGAACGCCUUUGGCACGGGCUCGGACGACGCCACCUGCAGGCUGUUUGACCUGCGUGCCGACCAGGAGCUGAUGAUGUACAGCCAUGACAACAUCAUCUGUGGCAUCACCUCCGUGUCCUUCUCCAAGAGCGGCCGACUGCUCCUGGCCGGCUACGAUGACUUCAACUGCAACGUCUGGGACACUCUGAAAGGCGAACGUGCAGGUGUGUUGGCCGGCCACGACAACAGAGUGAGCUGCUUAGGGGUGACGGAAGACGGCAUGGCCGUGGCCACCGGCUCCUGGGACAGUUUCCUGCGGAUCUGGAACUAACCAAACGUCUUCCUUGCUCCCCACGACUCCCCCCCUCCAUCCCCUCCAUCCCCUCCCCGCCGACACGCACGCACGCACACAAACGCACACACAAACACACACACACACACACAAAAUUCCCUACUCAACCCCCGAGUUCUCUUCUCAGCUGGGGACCUGCCCACAUGUGAGAAAGUAGCAACUCUUUGACAGAAGUGACAGUUUUCCACCCAGCCAUCCCACAGGAACCUAAAUAAGAGCCUUUCAGAGUUGCUCAAACAAAUUAGAGAUUUAAGGAAAACUAAAAACUAAACAUGAAAACUAAAAAAAAAUAGCGAUUGUCUUCUAGGGGGCGAUAGAGAGCAUAUUGUACCGUGACAAACAACAAAUAGGAUGAGCGUCAGUGUGUAAUAUGUAAAUGUAUAUAUAAAGACAAUAUAUAUAUGUAUAACAUUAUAUGUGUGUAUAUAUGCAUAAUAUAUGCAUAUAUAAUGUAUAUGUGUAUAUUUUUGUAGUUUUGUAGUUUUAUUUCUCACCCUUGAGUAUUUUUUUUUUUAAUUAUCGUUUUAGGGGACCGGGAUUGUUUUAUUUCUAAUGUACAUAUUGACAUUACUUGCCAGAAACACCCAUUUUACCUUGCGAGUACCAGAUUGAGUGCCAUACUAUUUAGACACGGUAACGUAUCAUAAUUUAACCUAAAAGCCUAAAAACUAGCUUAUGACUCGAGCCCUCCUGUCCAGCAAGAGGAUUUGGGAAGUAAACAAAAAUGGGUUUUUUUUUUAAUAUGCAUUGGCCCAGCUAAACUCACUUGUCUCAUCAGUAAGUGUGUAUUAUUGUACAGUCAGCAGGCGUAAUUCAUGCACCCCUGUAUCUACAAAUUCACGUGAAUGACAACACAACCCCGCUGGUAAUCUUCACCACAGUCUUAUUUGGAAGGAAACCACCACACUGCUAUGAUGAUGCUGAUUAGAGAGCACGCCUCAAAACCAACAAGUGGUGUUUUUAGUCCGGAUUCAAGUUUAGCUCCAAUGUAGAAACUGGGGAAUUUUAGGCUAAGGUAGAACAUUUUAUUUAACUGGAGGUGCUGCCGUGGCCUCUUCUCACAUGGAUUGUGGUUUCAAAUCCUCAACAUGCUGAAUUUCAAAACCACAUUCAUUCCAUGCGAGGCGCUGUGUGAUGUGAUGAUGGAUAACCCGGCGGGCCUGAGUAGAGCUUUUGCAGCAUAAUGUCUCGGGUCAGCUGUGGCCUGUAGAAUCUACUUUUUUUUGUAGAGGUGAGCAUCUGACGCUGUACAAUGACACUGGUGCAGAGAGGGGCGGGAGACGCGUCCUCCUCAAUCGGAAGCCGUUUUCUACCUGUGACCCUGCAAUGGUGCCGAGGCUUGUGUGGACAAACCGUAGAGCGGCCUCUCGUCACAGGAGGACAUUUCAAGGACCAUUAAAAGACAGCAGUGACUGUUUCUGAGGACUAAAGAAAAGAUGUUUCGCCAUGUCAUUUUGAUUUUUUUUUUUUUUUUGAAACGAAGGAUCAACGAGUCCUCUUUAUCGUCAGCAAGGUGUGAACGGAGUGACUGCGUGGAACAGAAAUCAUGUUGGCUGCUCCGCAAUCACACCGGUGCCACCACAAGCCUGUAGAAAAAGGGUUUUUAACACUUUUCAUCACCAAAAACAUGUUAUGAAGUGUUGAAUAUUGCUUGUGAAGAAAGUAUACUUGGUAGACUGAACUGUACACUUAGUAGAGAGCUAGACAUGCACUCACAAACUGUAGUACAAAUGUAUACCAUUGAACACGUGUGACUUAUUUACCCAUAGAAGUGCUGUCUCUGAUUUAGGGUAUUUUCUCAUCACACAUCUUCCAUUUUUUUUUGGUUCCUCUAAAAUACUUAAUUAAAAAAGGAAAAAAAGAAAAUAUACAUACUGUAUGUGAGUUGGACCUAUACAUCGGCUGUCUCGGGUGCCUAUCUCUGAAUAUACACGUUUGACCCACAUGGGCUGGAUGAAGGGGGGUGGGGGGGGGUGUUUGUGCUCCUGUGAGACGUGGCACUAUUGUGUCUCCAUUCUGCCUUACGAUACCAUUCAUAAUAGAAGGUAGUACUAGCAUGGACUACAGUCAUGUGCUCCUCUUAAACACUGCUCGAUAAGAGAUUGCUAAUUGUUAUUAUUUUCCCAGUAGAAGCACAUUCUGAUACUAGUGAACACUAAACUGCAUGCUUACAGAACACCGCGCAAACACAUGCAGCUCCAUGCGGCUUCAUCAAGCUUUUUAUACAAUUCUGCUUUCUACUUCCACCGCACACUACCACCGUAGUAUUUAUUUAGGUUCAAUCUGCUCAUCAAUGAAAUCCCUCUAUGGCCUACCGUGAUUCUAGUUACCUUUUUUAUGUUCUUGAAUGUUUUAGCUGCAGCUACUUGGCUUUGCAUUAAAUAAUCCAUUUUGAGAGAAUGUCAAUAAUAGUUAUAGUUUUUAGUGUGAGAAUCUCUGAGGAGUGUAGGAUGUGAUAUGUAUUACAUAUCAGUGUGCGUGCGUGUGUGUGUGGGGGUGGGGGGGGGGAAGAUGUAUGUGGAUAACAUGGAUCUAAUUGUGACUUCCUCUUUUGUGCCAUUUAUCCACGGACUCUGAGCUGUGAACUGAAAACUGUCAAUGUGACAAAAAAAAAAAAAAAGGUUUGCUGACUUAACUCAAAGUGCCAGCUUUUUCCAUAUCUAUCAAUUAAAGUCUCAUCAGUUUGAUUUUAUACCAAGUCUGUUGUCUGACAAAACUUGUGUACUGCAUUUAUUUGAAGAUGGGUGUUUGUGUUAUUAAGUUAACAGUGCUUAUUAGACUAAAGUUGGUCCCUAGAAUCCGAUGUUCACGUGUCCCCAGACAAAGAUGAUGAAAUGUACUUGAGGAAUAGUUGGACACUUUGUUUGCUUUCUGGCAGGAUAUUUGCGCUACUCUUGUGUCUGCCUGUUAAAUAUUAGGCUCCAGCCAGCAGCCCUUAGUUUAACACAAAGAUUGGAUACUGGGUGGGAGACAGUUGGCCUCCGGCUCUGUUUGAAGUUCACUAAUAAACACGUGUUUCUUAUUUGAUAGACAAAGAUAAAGCCAAUUACAGAAACCAUCCCUGAGCAUGGUCUAUUAGCAUCUUUACACAGUUUUUGUACAUAUUAAAUGAGCAACGUGUUAAUUUGGGUGCUCUAGCGAUGCUGCAGAUGUUGACGCUCCUCCAUUUUCAUUCUUUGUAGUAAACUGAGCCUGCGAAAGCCUUUUAAAGUUAUUUAACGGACAGAAAGAAGGUAAUAUAUAUUAGUCCUCUAGAAGCGAAAAUGUAAAACUAUUCAAAUAAAACCUGUUCUUUUAUGACAUUGUGAACUGUGUGGGUGAGAAGGGGAUUGUGUUUACUUCCGAUCACCAGGCAACCGUUUCCUCCUUGGUGUGUGUGUGUGUGUGUGUGUGUUCCAGCAGGAUCAGCAGCUGGAAUAGUUCCACUUCUUUGUGCCUGUGCAGUUCACUCAUUAAUCAAAAAGGUGCUCGACUUUUAUUUUUCUUUUUAUUUGACACUAUGGUGUAUUUACCUGAAGUCCCCCCCCCCCCCCUCCCCGGUGUAUUCUCUUAACUAUACAACUGAUAUAUGGAGCUGUCGAAUCAACUUCUGUGGUCUUACAAAAUGUUGCCAUCUGUUGCAUUCUCAGUACUGCCUCGAGUACUCGGGUCUGUGACUUGUUUCCACCGUCGGCGCGGUGCGUUACACCCGCAGCGCCUCCUUUUAACUUGGAAGAGCAGAUGGGAAAGCGUCGCCGCUGCUGCACGAGUUCAGGCAGCGUUAUGACCAACGAAUGCAUGACUCCCAAUUUAAAAAGAGUUCACAUGACGAAAGGAAAGUUUCUGCAACAGUGACUCCCUUCCACUGGAAUUGAUUGUCACAUGAUCACCGCCACAGCACAGUCACAAAAUAAUGCACUGCCCUUAGACUCUGUUCUGACAUUUUGUUUUGAUUUUAUUUAUUGUUUUUAUGUUUUAAGCCAGUAAAAGACCAGGGACUUGGUGCCAUGAUAAUUCUCUUACAGUGCUAUUGUGUAAAAUUAUAA